UUGUUUUUGCCAUCGCGCUUCUCCUGCGGCGGCUUUCAUUCUGCUUCCUUUUAGCAUUUAGCUUGUUGGGGUUAUCGACUGUGCUCCCGUAGAGGAGUGACGGGUUUGAAUUCUGGGAUGGUUCGUUGAAUAAUUGUCUUUUGGUUGCAAACAUGGCGCUUUCGAUGGAAACGCAGCUUCAGAGCAUCUUUGAAGAUGUUGUGAAAACUGAGAUGAUAGAAGAGGCCUUUGCUGGGAUGUUUAUGGACACUCCAGAGGAUGAGAGGACUAAGCUGAUCAGUUGUCUUGGAGCCUUCAGACAGUACUGGGGAACCCUGCCACAGGAGUCUCAUGAACAGUGUGUGCAAUGGAUUGUGCGCUUUAUACACAGUCAGCACAGCCCCAAGAGGAUCUCCUUCCUCUACGACUGUCUGGCAAUGGCUGUGGAGACCAGUCUAUUACCACCCAGGAUGGUGUGCGUGGCCUUAAUAAGCUCAGACAGUUUGGAGUGGGAGAGGACACAGUUGUGGGCAUUAACUUUCAAGCUGAUCCGCAAGAUCAUCGGGGGAGUGGACUACAAGGGUGUUCGGGACUUGUUGAAAGCUGUGCUGGAUAAAAUUCAAACCAUUCCUACCACUGUCAGCUCAGCUAUAGUCCAGCAGCUUUUGGCUGCCAGAGAGGUGGUAGAAUAUAUCCUGGACAGAAACGCCUGUCUCCUUCCAGCCUACUUUGCUAUCACAGAAAUCAGAAAACUGUAUCCAGAGGGGCAGCUCUCACACUGGCUUUUGGGCAGUUUGAUAUCAGACUUUGUGGAUAGUUUUAGACCCACAGCCCGGAUCAACUCUAUCUGUGGACGAUGCAGUCUGUUACCAGUGGUGAAUAACAGCGGUGCUAUCUGUAAUUCCUGGAAAUUAGACCCCAGCACUCUCCGCUUCCCUCUGAGAGGCAUGCUGCCGUUUGACAAGGACCUCUUUGAGCCACAGACAGGGUUGCUACGCUACGUGCUAGAACAGCCUUAUUCAAGAGAGAUGGUGUGCAACAUGUUGGGGCUCAACAAGCAGACUCUGAACAUUGCCCAGCAUAAGCAGCGUUGCCCGGUGCUGGAAGAGCAGCUGGUGGACCUGGUGGUGUACGCCAUGGAGCGCUCUGAGACCGAGGAACACUUUGACGCUGAUAUCGGAGGAACUAGUCAGCUGCUGUGGCAGCACCUCUCCUCCCAGCUCAUCUUCUUUGUGUUGUUUCAGUUUGCAAGCUUCCCUCACAUGGUGCUGUCGCUACACCAAAAGCUUGCAGGUAGAGGUCUCAUUAAAGGGAGAGAUCAUCUUAUGUGGGUCCUGCUUCAGUUUAUAUCAGGAAGCAUUCAGAAGAACGCCUUAGCUGACUUCCUGCCUGUCAUGAAGCUUUUUGACCUGCUUUACCCAGAAAAAGAGUGCAUUCCAGUUCCUGACAUUAACAAACCCCAGUCGACCCAUUCGUUCGCUAUGACCUGCAUCUGGAUCCAUUUGAACCGCAAAGCUCAGAACGACAACUCCAAACUGCAGAUACCCAUACCGCACUCUCUGAAGCUGCACCAUGAAUUUCUUCAGCAGUCGCUGCGUAACAAGACGCUGGGCAUGUCCGACUAUAAGAUCGCCCUGCUGUGUAACGCCUACAGCACCAACUCGGAGUGCUUCACUCUGCCAAUGGGCGUCCUGGUUGAGACCAUCUAUGGAAAUGGAUCCAUGAGGAUCAACCUUCCCGGCACCAACUGUAUGGCUUCGGGAUCGGUCACUCCGCUGCCAAUGAAUCUGCUGGAUUCGCUCACUGUGCAUGCAAAGAUGAGUCUGAUCCACAGUAUUGCCACGCGUGUCAUCAAAUUGGCCCAUGCCAAGUCCAGCAUUGCUCUUGCCCCUGCAUUAGUAGAGACAUACAGCAGAUUGUUGGUCUACAUGGAAAUUGAGUCCCUGGGCAUCAAAGGAUUCAUCAGUCAGUUGUUGCCCAACGUGUUCAAGUCUCACGCGUGGGGAAUCCUUCACACGUUACUGGAGAUGUUCAGUUACAGGAUGCAUCACAUCCAGCCACACUACAGAGUCCAGCUGCUGAGUCACCUGCACAGCUUGGCUGCUGUGCCACAGACCAACCAGAACCAGCUACAUCUGUGUGUUGAGAGCACAGCUCUGCGCCUGAUCACAGCUUUGGGAAGCUCGGAGGUGCAGCCGCAGUUCACCCGCUUCCUCAAUGACCCAAAGACGGUUCUGUCAGCCGAAUCCGAGGAGCUGAAUCGCGCCCUGAUCCUCACUCUGGCCAGAGCCACACACGUCACCGAUUUUUUCACAGGGUCUGACUCCAUCCAGGGCACUUGGUGUAAGGACAUCCUGCAGACAAUCAUGAGUUUCACGCCUCAUAACUGGGCCUCUCACACACUAUCCUGCUUCCCUGCACCACUACAGGCGUUUUUCAAGCAGAACAACGUUCCUCAGGAGUCGCGCUUCAAUCUGAAGAAGAACGUCGAGGAGGAGUACAGGAAGUGGAAGUCGAUGGCCAAUGAGAAUGACAUCAUCACCCACUUCUCCAUGCAGGGCUCACCUCCACUGUUCCUCUGUCUGCUGUGGAAGAUGCUGCUGGAGAUGGACCAUAUAAACCAAAUAGGCUUUAGGGUGUUGGAACGUAUUGGAGCUCGUGCACUGGUGGCUCACGUGCGCACAUUUGCCGACUUCCUCGUCUAUGAGUUCUCAACGUCAGCUGGUGGGCAGCAGCUUAACAAGUGCAUUGAAAUACUCAAUGACAUGGUCUGGAAAUACAACAUAGUCACGCUGGAUAGACUCAUUCUGUGCCUGGCGAUGCGUAGCCACGAGGGAAACGAGGCUCAGGUUUGCUACUUCAUAAUCCAGCUGCUGCUGCUGAAGCCAAAUGACUUCAGAAACCGAGUCAAUGAUUUUGUCAAGGAGAAUGCUCCUGAGCACUGGCUGCAGAACGACUGGCACAGCAAACACAUGAACUACCACAAGAAAUACCCAGAGAAGUUGUACUUUGAGGGUCUCGCAGACCAAGUCAACCCUCCCAUGCAGCUCCAGCCUCAGUACCUGCCAAUCUACUUUGGGAAUGUGUGUCUGCGCUUCCUGCCUGUUUUUGACAUUGUCAUCCACCGCUUCCUGGAGCUCCUUCCUGUCUCCAAGUCUCUGGAGACGCUGCUGGAUCAUCUGGGAGGGCUGUACAAGUUCCACGAUCGCCCUGUGACCUACCUGUACAACACCCUUCACUACUAUGAGAGACACCUGAGAGACAGAACCAACCUCAAGAGAAAACUGGUUCAUGCCAUCAUGUCUUCACUGAAGGACAACCGUACUCCAGGCUGGUGUCUUAGUGAAACCUAUCUGAGGUUUGGCAUGAACGCCCGUGAAGAAAACGUGUGGAUCCCUGAUGACACCUACUACUGCAAGCUGAUUGGACGCCUGGUGGACACCAUGGCGGGAAAGUCACCGGGUCCUUUUCCCAACUGUGACUGGAGGUUCAACGAGUUCCCCAACCCUGCGGCCCACGCCUUGCACGUCACCUGUGUGGAGCUGAUGGCUUUGGCCGUGCCAGGAAAAGAUGUGGGAAACGCUUUGCUUAAUGUUGUGUUGAAAAGUCAACCUCUGGUCCCCAGAGAGAACAUCACUGCCUGGAUGAAUGCCAUUGGACUUGUGAUCACUGCACUUCCAGAACCAUACUGGAUCGUUCUCCACGACCGCAUCGUUUCUGUGAUCAGCUCUCCGGCACUGACAUCGGAGACGGAGUGGACAGGCUAUCCCUUUGCCUUGCUGGACUUCACUGCCUGCCACCAGAGCUACAGUGAAAUGAACUGCAGCUACGUGCUCGCAUUAGCACACGCCGUGUGGCAUCACUCAUCCAUCGGACAGCUAUCUCUGAUCCCCAAAUUCUUGUCAGAGACUCUGAAGCCCAUCGUCAAGACAGAGUUCCAGCUGCUGUACGUGUAUCACCUGGUGGGGCCGUUCCUUCAGCGCUUCCAGCAAGAGAGGACGCGUUGCAUGUUGGAGAUUGGUGUUGCCUUCUAUGAGAUGCUGCAGGCAGUUGACAAACACUGUCAGCAUCUCAGCUACAUGGACCCGAUCUGCGAUUUCCUGUAUCACAUUAAAUACAUGUACACUGGAGACAGUGUGAAGGAGCAGGUGGAGAAAAUCAUCAUGACUCUGCGUCCUGCCAUGAAGCUGCGUCUGCGCUUCAUCACGCACAGCAGCAAGAUAGAGACUUCAUCCUCAGCUGCCAGCGCUGCCUCCGCUUCCUCCACCUCUUCCUCCUCGGCCACCCCUCAGCCCCCUCCGUCCACACUCUCAUCCUCCACCGCUGCCGCCUCACCCUCGCCCUCACAGCACACACACACACCUUUGUAGGUGGCCUUGCCAAACACAAACGCACAAUAGCGAUCACAACUGUGAACUUACAUUUUGUUUGUUUUCUUCUUAAUUUGGAUGUUUUGUGUCUCCAGUCUUUAUAAAGAAGGCCUCCUGCAAGAAUUUUGUGCAAAUUAUUUUCAAAAUCUCAACUUAUGACAAAGAAUUUUUUUCUUCUUAAGUUUUUUUGUCCAGCAAACUCCAUAGACUGAGUUUGACAAAAUAUUUAAGCUUUGUCAUAACAGACAAAAAGGGUCACAAGAAAACAGAAGAUUUUUUGUGGCUUUAUUUUAACGUAUUUUUUGUAGACAUUUUUUAUGUUGUACAUUAUUACUUCAUUAAAAGCAAGUUGUUUUUUUAAAAUAAUGGGUCUUUGUAAAAAAACAAAAAAAACAACUGUGUAUUUCUUUAUAGACUGUAUCCUCAUGGUCUCAAACCAGUGAUCUUUCAUGUGUUCAUGUGUCAACCACUUCACCUACACAUAGAUCCACUAUGUUACUGUAAAUAUAAUAACCAUGCAUAUUAAGGUUUUUCUAAGAAUUAUUCAGUCAAACUAAAAUAUUGUGUUUCUUGA